AUGAAAUAGUAAUUGAUAUUCCUUCUUGUUGGUGUAGCAAAGGUCCUGUCAUUAACAUAAGACUAAAAAGCUUGUUCAAGCAGAUUUAUUGAACUGUUUAGUCAAGAAGCAUUCAAGAUUCAGCCAAUGAGUGUUUAUGCUAAUUUGACCACCGAUAUUUGUUUCCCUCAAAUCACAAACAUUCAACAUUCUCUCAAGCCAACAAUCUGCGCAUAUCAAGGUCUGUUUGUUAUUGAGUAUAUUGAUAAAUUAGGGGUGAGCUUUCCAGAAAAGAUAAGAGCAUUUGCAGAUGACUACUGCAAGAAUAUUUAAGAAGCUAUGAAUGAUAAACUAUAACUUAUCAACAUUCUCAAUAGUUAUCAGCCAGAUUAUUAGAACUACACAUAAAAAUGUGAGGACUAUAUAUUCUCGCAUUCCAAUAUGUGGUUUGACCCAACCAAACCCUCAGAUGACAUUACUAUUGGAGUGAUGUGUGAAGCUUAUCAGGAGCUCUUCACGUCAUUGAAAUCUUACAACCCUGCUCUUAAGUAUGAAGAUGCUAUUAUUUACACCUAUGCCUUCAUUUAUCAGACCUUAAUUGAUAGGUACGACAUGGAUUUCUUAAAUGUAUGCGUUGAUUCAUAGCUCUAAGCAAAUCCUGAAGAUUAUUGUAAUGAAUUGAUGUCAAAGAUUGAUUUCAUAUUGUUGAAUGAAGAUGAGGAGAAGCAAUUAUGCUCAGUAAAUGGCAAGAAAAUGAAGAAAAGAUGCCACGAUAUUGAUAGGGUUGAAUCCGAAUAAGGUAAUAAUAUAUCACCUGAGGGUCACGAGUACUGCUUCCCAUGCGCAUUUACCAUCGGAUAUAUGAUGCACGAUUAUAACUAUGGAGUGGAAAAGCAAAUUAAGGAUGUGUUUAUAGCAUUCAGCAAGAAAGCAACUGGUAUUCUUAAGGAUGCUAGUAAAGAAUUAUAAUAGAAGCAGGAUAAGAUAGACCUAUAGAAAAAAUUAGAGAAAAGCUAACUUACCUCUUAGAUACAGCUCCCCGCUUGA